UGCAUUCAGCAGAUCCUGGAGGCUGUGCUCCACUGCCAUCAGAUGGGCGUUGUCCAUCGCGACCUCAAGCCUGAGAACUUACUUUUAGCUAGCAAAUCCAAGGGAGCAGCAGUAAAACUGGCGGACUUUGGAUUAGCUAUAGAAGUCCAAGGAGAACAACAGGCUUGGUUUGGCUUUGCUGGUACUCCGGGAUACCUUUCACCAGAGGUGUUACGAAAAGAUCCUUAUGGAAAACCUGUGGAUAUGUGGGCGUGUGGUGUCAUUCUGUAUAUCCUCCUGGUGGGAUAUCCUCCUUUCUGGGAUGAAGACCAGCACAGGCUUUACCAGCAGAUCAAGGCUGGCGCUUAUGACUUUCCUUCACCAGAAUGGGAUACAGUGACUCCUGAAGCAAAAGACCUUAUCAAUAAAAUGCUCACCAUCAACCCAGCAAAACGUAUCACAGCGUCAGAAGCACUAAAGCAUCCAUGGAUCUGUCAACGUUCUACUGUUGCCUCGAUGAUGCACAGACAAGAGACUGUAGAUUGCCUGAAGAAAUUCAAUGCAAGAAGAAAACUAAAGGGGGCCAUCUUGACAACUAUGCUGGCUACCAGAAAUUUCUCAGCAGCCAAGAGUUUACUGAAAAAGCCGGAUGGAGUUAAGAUAAACAACAAAACCAACGUGGUAACCAGCCCCAAGGAAAAUAUUCCUACCCCGGCGCUGGAGCCCCAAACUACAGUAAUCCACAACCCUGAUGGAAAUAAGGAAUCAACAGAGAGUUCCAAUACAACCAUUGAAGAUGAGGAUGUGAAAGCUCGUAAGCAGGAGAUUAUCAAGGUUACUGAGCAGUUGAUUGAAGCUAUCAACAAUGGGGACUUUGAAGCUUACACAAAAAUCUGCGAUCCGGGCCUUACGUCUUUUGAACCUGAAGCUUUGGGUAAUCUAGUAGAAGGGAUGGACUUUCACCGGUUUUACUUUGAAAACGCUUUAUCCAAAAGUAAUAAGCCAAUCCACACUAUUAUCCUCAAUCCUCAUGUCCACCUUGUGGGUGACGACGCUGCUUGCAUUGCCUACAUCCGGCUCACGCAGUACAUGGAUGGCAGCGGGAUGCCAAAGACUAUGCAGUCGGAGGAAACGCGGGUCUGGCACCGCCGGGAUGGAAAGUGGCAGAAUGUUCAUUUUCACCGUUCAGGGUCACCGACAGUACCUAUCAAUGCCUAGCACAGCGGGAUCCCGCUCAUGACUUCGGCCCCUAGAAGCUACGCUAAAAAUAUCAGCGGUGCCAGUCUUGCAUUUUCCGUACCCAACGCACCCGGUUGAUUAUCAUCUUGGCCAUCCCGUUCUCUUCAUGCAUGUUUCUGAGUGCAUGAAGUUGUGAAGGUUCUUCAUGUAACACAUUUGUGAUGCACCAUGUAUAUUCCAUCUGUACACUGUUAACAUUUCAAUGAAGGUGAUGUUCCAUGCAAAUAGAGAAUAACAAGGCAUAAAAGAAAAAAAACCAAAUGCUUGUUGGACGGCAGUAGAUACAGAAUACAUUUGUCACUUUCUCCAUUUACGCCAAGUUUGAACAGAAAACUUUAAAAACUAUCCUGUUUAU